CCGCCGGAAGUUUGUGUGUCAUUUCCAAGUGGCUCGGGUGUGAACCCCGGGUCCAAAAUGCUUCUCCCUCCACAGGAGUGAGAAAUGACCAAGCUUUUCUCUCUUGCUCACAGAGUCGCUUUGGCCACUGUGAGCUACAGUCGCUGCGGCUGUGGGGGGUUCGGGAUGUUCUAUGCCGUGAGAAGGGGCCGCAAGACCGGGGUUUUUCUUACUUGGAAUGAAUGUAGAACACAGGUGGACCGGUUUCCUGCUGCCAGAUUUAAGAAGUUUGCUACUGAAGAUGAGGCCUGGGCCUUUGUCAGGAGCUCUGUAAGCCCUGAUGGUUCAGAAGGACAGAAAAAUAAACAUGUGCAAGAACCUCAGGCGAAAGCAAACAAGCGGCCUCGUGAGUCACUGGAUAAAGAAGAAGGUGAAGACGCAGAGUCGUGUAUGAAGCACGUAAAACGAAGAGAAUUCGUGGUUGUGUACACUGACGGCUGCUGCUCCAGUAACGGACGGAAAAGGGCACGAGCAGGAAUUGGUGUUUAUUGGGGGCCAGGCCAUCCUUUAAAUGUAGGCAUUCGACUUCCCGGGCGACAAACAAACCAAAGAGCAGAAAUUCAUGCAGCCUGCAGAGCCAUCAAACAAGCAAAGGCUCAAAACAUCAAUAAGUUGGUUCUCUAUACAGACAGUAUGUUUACUAUAAAUGGUAUAACUAACUGGGUUCCAGGUUGGAAGAAAAAUGGAUGGCGAACAAGCACAGGGAAAGAGGUAAUCAACAAAGAGGACUUUGUUGAGCUUGACAGACUUAUCCAGGGCAUGGAUAUUCAGUGGAUGCAUGUUCCAGGUCAUUCGGGAUUUAUAGGCAAUGAAGAAGCUGAUAGAUUAGCAAGAGAAGGAGCUAAGCAAUCUGAAGGCUGAACAAAGCAAUUUUAAUACGUGGAAACCUGCGUCAGUGGCCGUUUCGUUACUUAUUGAUGUGAAAAAUAAAAGACCAUAGGAUGGAGUGUUGCAAUAAAUGCCACAGGCACAGUUUUUGAACUAAAUCGGAAAGGCUGUGUGGCUUUCUGUGAAAUACAGCUGGAAUAAAAGUGGUUAGAUGUGUAAUAAAUUGGCCAUCCUUUGAGAUGUCAGAAUUAUG